AUGUACACACACAAGAAUCUGCUAGGAGAAUGUGGACGAAGUUUGAGAGAACUUGAUACAACAGCAACCGUAUUGGCAAACAGACAAGAUGAAAGUGAACAGUCCAGAAAAAAACUUAUUGAUCAAAGUCGAGAAUUCAAGAAAAACACUCCCGAGGACUUUCGCAAACAGGUAGCCCCGUUAUUAAAGAGUUUCCAAGCAGAGAUCGAUGCAUUAAGUAAAAGAAGCAAAGAAGCUGAAGCUGCCUUCUUGAAUGUCUAUAAGCGAUUAAUUGAUGUCCCAGAUCCAGUACCUGCCUUGGAUCUGGGACAGCAAUUACAACUAAAGGUUCAACGGAUGCAUGAUAUCGAAACAGAAAACCAGAAGCUUCGAGAGACAUUAGAAGAAUACAACAAAGAGUUUGCUGAAGUAAAAAACCAAGAGGUUACAAUAAAAGCACUUAGAGAGAAAAUCCGGGAAUAUGAACAGACCCUGAAGAACCAGGCGGAAAAUCUGGCUCUAGAGAAAGAACAAAAGUUACAAAAUGACUUUGCUGAAAAAGAGAGAAAGCUGCAAGAGACUCAGAUGUCUACGUCUUCCAAGCUGGAGGAGACUGAACACAGAGUUCAAGUUCUGCAAGCAGCUUUGGACAAGUCUCAGACAGCACUAUUUGACCUAAAAGCAAAGUAUGAUGAAGAGACAUCAGCAAAAGCUGAUGAGAUUGAGAUGAUUAUGACCGACCUUGAAAGAGCCAAUCAGAGAGCAGAGGUGGUGCAGAGAGAGGCAGAGGACUUAAAGGAACAGCUCUCAUCAUUCAACAAAUCUCUACAGCAUGCCCCACAGGCGCAGAAACCGCCUGAUACUGAGCAGACGCUGGAGGGGGCAGCAUGCUCCAGUAUGGAGGUUGAACUUACUGCAAAGGAGAGGGAAAUUGCCCAACUUGUAGAAGAUGUACAGAGGUUACAGGCCAGUCUUACUAAACUCCGAGAAAACUCUGCCACUCAAAUAACGCAGCUUGAGCAGCAGCUAAACACCAAGAACAACACUCUUAAGCAACUUGAAGAAAAACUGAAAGGGCAGGCUGACUAUGAAGAAAUAAAGAAGGAGCUCAACAUUCUGAAGUCCAUGGAGUUUUCCCAGUCUGAAGGAUCAGGGGGUCAGGAUGCAUCGAAACCAUUGGAGGUUUUGUUGCUGGAGAAGAACCGCUCCAUGCAGUCAGAGAAUGCCACGCUGCGUAUUGGCAACAGCGACCUGAGCGGGUCAGCCAGGAGAAAAGGGAAAGACAAGCAUGAAACUCAGCGCCCUGCAACCUUGCCGGCCUCCCCUACCUCUCAGUUGCUCCGCAACGCAGGGGAGCAGGUUUCCAAUACUAAUGGUACACACAAGUUCUCACCAACGGGUUUAAACCAAGACUAUUUCAGCUUAUCCAUUGCAAGCCCUUCUUUACCCUUGGCCUCCACGGGAAAAUUUGCACUAAAUUCACUUCUCCAGCGACAGCUUAUGCAGUCCUUCUACUCCAAGACAAUGCAGGAAGCAGGAAGCACAAGCAUGCUUUUCUCAACAGGUCACUUCAGCACAAACUCCAUAUCUUCCCAAAGUCCACUGCAGCAGCCAAGCCCGGACGUAAAUGGCAUGGCUCCUUCACCAAGCCAGUCCGAGAGCGCUGGAAGCGUCUCAGAAGGUGAAGAUAUAGACACUGCAGAAAUUGCACGCCAAGUGAAAGAGCAAUUGAUCAAGCACAAUAUUGGGCAACGUAUUUUUGGACAUUAUGUACUGGGACUAUCACAAGGGUCUGUAAGUGAGAUCCUGGCCAGGCCCAAACCUUGGAAUAAAUUAACUGUACGAGGAAAGGAGCCUUUCCACAAGAUGAAGCAGUUCCUGUCCGAUGAGCAGAACAUCCUUGCACUACGGAGUAUACAAGGCCGACAAAGAGAGAAUCCAGGCCAGAACCUGAACAGACUGUUUCAGGAGGUACCGAAAAGAAGAAAUGGGUCUGAAGGAAAUAUUACCACACGCAUCAGAACCUCAGAGACAGGCUCAGAUGAAGCCAUUAAGUCUAUUCUAGAGCAAGCCAAAAGAGAGCUGCAGGUGCUAAAGACUGUUGAGCCGGCUCAGCCCUCUUCAGCAUCCAGCAGUGGUAAUUCUGAUGACACUAUUAGGUCCAUUUUACAACAAGCAAGAAGAGAAAUGGAAGCCCAGCAAGCUGCUUUUGAACCUGCCUUAAAAACGGCAUCUCUAUCCCAAGCUGAUCUUGCUAUAAUUUCUCCCAAACUUAUCUCUACCACUGCAGUCUCUUCGGUGUCAAGUUACUCUCCCUUAAGCAUGUCACUAAAGAAACACAUGCCCGUUUUGGACUCUGGCAUCUCUACGUUACAGAGCCUUUCUUGCGUAAAAAGAGAGCCCCAAGAGACGUCAAUGUUAGACAUUCAUAGCAUGACGGAAUCUACACAGAGCAUGCUAAGGCACGUGAAAAAUGAGCUAGGACGAGGUACUGCGUGGAAAGACCAUUGGUGGAACACUGUUCCACAUGAGCGGAGAACCACAGCGCCAUCUGAAGACACAAAAGUUGAAGAGACCAACUGCAUAAAGGAGAAGCUCAUCACUCAGAACAGGCCGGACCGACAAGGGCCUUCGUCAUCUUCAGAGUACUGGAAGGAGUGGCCAAAUGCUGAAUCCCCGUAUUCGCAGAGCUCGGAAAUCAGCAUGACGGGAGUCAGCCGCAGUGAGACGCCUCAGAACAGUCCAUUGCCUUCAUCUCCGGCUGUAUCUAUAGCCAAGCCAAUCAAACCGUCUGUCCCUCCACUAACUCCGGAACAGUAUGAGGUGUACAUGUACCAGGAGGUGGACACCAUCGAGCUCACCCGUCAAGUGAAAGAGAAGCUUGCAAAAAAUGGAAUCUGCCAAAGGAUAUUCGGUGAAAAGGUGCUGGGCCUGUCACAGGGCAGCGUCAGCGACAUGCUGUCCAGGCCGAAACCCUGGAGCAAGCUGACCCAGAAAGGCCGAGAACCAUUCAUUAGAAUGCAGCUAUGGCUGAACGGGGAGCUUGGGCAAAGCGUCUUGCAGUCACAAGGACAACAACAAGGACAAGCCCUGCUAUCUGCGGCAACUCUGCAGGAUCCUGUUAUCGAAGGAUGUCCAAGUUCAGAAAAUACUCCAAAGAGUUCAACCAGCUGCAGUCCGGCUCCUGAGUCUCCAAUGAGCUCCAGUGAAUCAGUAAAGAGUUUGACAGAACUGGUGCAACAGCCGUGUCCUACGAUAGAGACGAGCAAAGAAGGUGAAGCGCAGGAGUCCAGUGAUGCAACAGCUGGCGACUCUCAGCCAGCCACACCUCUUCCAUUUCCAGGGCAAUCCUCACUGAGUAUUCAAGAACUGGUAGCCAUGUCUCCAGAACUGGACACCUAUGGCAUAACCAAGAGAGUCAAAGAAGUUUUAACCGAUAACAAUUUAGGUCAACGUCUGUUUGGAGAAACUAUUCUUGGGCUCACUCAAGGCUCAGUCUCUGAUUUGCUGGCUAGACCAAAGCCAUGGCAUAAACUUAGCUUGAAAGGAAGAGAACCGUUUGUACGUAUGCAGCUUUGGCUCAAUGACCCAAACAAUGUAGAUAAGCUCAUGGAUAUGAAACGGAUGGAAAAGAAAGCAUACAUGAAAAGACGACACAGCUCAGUGAGUGAUAGUCAGCCAUGUGAACCUCCAUCUGCAGGCCUGGAUUACAGCCAGGGUUCCAGUCCACAGCCACAACAUCAUUUGAAGAAGCCACGAGUGGUGCUGGCUCCAGAGGAGAAGGAAGCUCUAAAAAGGGCUUACCAGCAAAAGCCAUACCCUUCUCCAAAAACUAUAGAAGAGCUUGCCACACAGCUGAACCUGAAAACCAGCACGGUUAUUAACUGGUUCCAUAAUUACAGGUCUCGUAUACGCAGAGAACUGUUCAUUGAAGAAAUUCAAGCAGGUAGCCACGGGCAAAUUGGUUCCAGCGAUUCCCCAUCAGCUACAAGCAGUAGAGCAGCCCAAAGUUCAGAAGGAGAUAGCUGUGAUGGAGUGGACAUGGAAAGCACAAGUGAUGGGAAGCAUGGUGUGUUAGAUGGAGAUGAAUUCAAUAGUGACAACUCAAAGUCUCAGGGAGGACAGACUGAUUCAGCUUUUGAAGAGGGUGAAGAUGCUAGAUCUACUGAAAGACCAGAAACCACCCGGUCAGACAGAGACUGCUCGGUUGAUAGGAAGGAGGAAGGCCGGAGAAAACUGCAGAGUCGGACUUCCCUUCCUGGAACUCUGUGUUCUGGAGAAACUUUAGACACAACACCGAAAUCUGCUACUGAAAAGCAUGCCUCUACCUCAGCUGCCUCAAGCUUGAUUCCUACGAAGGAAGGUUUCCAAAAACCUAAAGAGGAUUCUGAGAAACUAUCCAGCGUGCCAAGUACAAGUUCACAGAAAGGAAACUCUAUCCAGAGCUUGUUCAGCUUUUCUGAGACAUCAAGUUCCAAAAACACACGGGACAACACCUUGAGGAAAAAGAAAGCCGCAAACUUGAACAGCAUAAUUCACCGUUUAGAGAAGGCCGCUAGCCGGGAAGAGCCCAACGAAUGGGAGUUUUGAGAUUAAGUUAACCCUGGUUCCAGCAAACUAGGGGAAUUAAAAUGGACUUUUCACUGGUUAUAUCAUAUUGCGCACUUAUCGCCCUGCAGGCCACAGGGCAAAAACGCCAUAGGCCAAGGUGCAUAUAGAAUACAAAAAGGAGCAUUAAGCCCACUUUUAUGUUGUGUUUUCGAGGACGAAAACUGAAAUAUGUAGUCAAGCUUUUUUGUACCCUGAAGUGUUUUUACUAUUGCCCAAGUGAUUUUCACACUUUCUGGAAUAACUUACAGCUUUGCCUUGUGCCCACUUUUUUAACGUGGGCUUAAAAAAAAGUACAAAAAAAUCUAUAAAAAAAAAAACAAAUAGAGGAAAAAAAAAGAUUGAACCCACAAAGUUAAUGGGGCUUUUUAUCUGCCAUGUAAUGGCCAUAGAGCGAUAAUACACUAUGAUCUUCUUAUACCAGGAAAAGGAGGAGAUUUUUUCAGGAAAAAAUGUCCUUUUUAUUAUUUUAGUUUUCAUUUUUAGUAGCUGUUUCAGUUGCCACUAAGAGAUUGCACAGUCAACUGACUCUAAACACACUAGUUUGGAAUCCUAUUUUCAAGAAGAAAAAAAAAUACCUGCUUGGAACUCUGAGAUAUAAUAAACACACCAACUCCACUUAUUUUCUAACAAAAUGUCACAUCAGGAAAAUAUCUUAAUUUGUGGUAGCUGACGUAGUGUUUUUCUUGUUAGUGAAAAUAGAUAUCCAGUGCACAUUGUUUCAUAGCUUUAACCAAUUCUGGUCUUUUCCAGAUCAGAGUUUGUUUAUUACACUCCAUUUUAGGCCAAAUCAGGACAAAAAAAAAAGAUCUGAAUUUAGGUAUUUUAUAAUCUGCUUUUUAACCUCUAACCACAGAGCACGCUGAUCAGACCUCAUAUUUUAGGGGGGCAGAAGGGUACAAGUUGGAAUGGUAGACCUGUACUGAUUGAUUUGUGGGCUAAGAGUACACCCUUUACAGUAUUCCCUUCAUAGAAUCAUUUGUAUCUGUUGCAUUACUCCAACGGACAACAUCCGACUUUAAUAAGUUAUAUUAUUACCAAAUAUGCUGCCAGCAGAAUGAGUAUAAGAGACAUUUUACAUGCAGACUAAUCAAAAACUUUUUGUAAAAAAAAAAAAAUAAUACAGAAACACAACAAACCUCUUACAUAGUACUAUGUAAAUAGAACCUAAAACCAAAACACCCGUUUUAACAACACCGCAUUUGUGGCUCAAAGCAAUCUUUUUAUACAAGCGCCGGCUCUUGUUUCAAGUACGACACCCAUUCCAAUUUGUAUCCUGUUCCUUCUAGCUGUCAAUAUGUGUGUGAGAGAGAACAGAGACGUGUGAGAUUACCCGUGUAUGCAAUUUUAUAAGUCUGUGUAUUUUCUUAUGUAUUUGUGCACACAUAGAGUGCAUUACUGCCACCUUUUUUCAAUAAGCUGGUUGAUCUGCUAUGGCUUCUACAAGAUUUGCUGAACUAGGCUCGUUUAUCGCCAUAUCUUAAAAACUAACAAUAGAUGAUUUCAGUAUAUAUAUAUUUUUUUUGCUUAUUUAUAGGUGCUGUAUUUUAUUAUCCGAUUGUUAGGAAGGGAUGAAACGGGGGCAAAUAUUCUUUAGAGGGAUAGACUGCCGGCAGUAUUGGGUAUAAUUUACAAGAUGUAGUUGUCAUACUGUAUAUUAUUGAUUUUAAAGAUUUUUUUUUUUCUUUGAUCUUAUUGUGUAUCAUUGGAGCAUUGUGUCUUAGGUCAGCAUCUUUUGAUGACGUUAUUUGGUGCAUUUGUUACUUACGUUUUAAUAAUAUUACGUUUUUUGUUUAUUUUAUUUUGGGUCCCUUUUUCAUAUAGGGGAUAGGAGUGUUGUGUUUCUAGCUACACUCUCCUAUGCUAAACCUCAUUGAGCUUGUAUUAUUUAGUAGAAAAAAUGUAAUGUGUAGAACCACAAAAAAAUAGCUCUUUACAUUGCAUUGGCAAGAUGCAGUAGCACUUCAGGUUUUAAGACAGACAAAUUUCUUUAUGAUAAACAAUACA